AUGAUGGAUAACUUGAAUCAAGAUCCAAAUUCAGAUUUUACGCAACAUAACAAUCAACACCACCAGAUCCAGUUUUCUCACAACCACAACCUUCACCACCAACACCAACAACAACAGUUGCACCAAUUAUCUCAAUUGCCAACUCAACCAAAUGAAAUACACCCACAACAUCAAUUACCGCAAAUGCAGCAACAACAACAACAUUUUCAAAAUCAAUUCCAACAACAAUUGUUCCAACCAAAUCAAAAACAUCAAUUACCUUCACAACAAAUCCCACUACUAAACUCUCAAUCCCAACCCCAACCCAUGGUGCGAGUACCAUCACAAAACCCACCAUCCAUUAUGCAGUCUUCCCCAGAUCCUUUAAUAGCCAAUGGAGCGACGCCAUUAUCUGAGUCAUUAUCGAUGAAUAGAAAACACAAUGAUAAUUCAUCCGAUAGUAGGAAAAUCUGUCCAUUUUGUAAGAAACAUUUUAGUCACCGAGGGUCUUUAAGUCGACAUCUUGAUUUGAAAAAAGGUGAUUCAUUACAUCCAAGUAAUGAGGUGACAAUCAUUAGAAACCAGAAUCGAAGAAGAAGCAGUGUUGAUGUCAACUUUAGUUCGAUAGAAAAAUCCGAAUCUCAGUCGGGUGGAGGUACCCCCUUAAUGACCAGUGAAUCGUUUAAUGGUACCAAUAGUAUUUCUAAACUGGGUAAAAAGAGAAGAGUUAACAAAAAAUCAUUGGCAGUAUCACAAAUAUCAAGUGAUUCAGCCAGUGGACAACGAGAGAAAAGCAAAUUAAGAAGGAAAUUACGGGAUCGAAGAAUUAAAGCCAAAAUAUUGACAAAUGAUUGGUUUCAUGAUUUAUUUGCUCAACAACCUUUACCACAAUUUGAUAAUUUUGAUAGUAAUAAUAAUUCCCAGAGUUCGAUAACAUCAGAAACAUUUUGUCAAUUGGUUGCAUUAUACCUACCUAUCAAUGAUUGGCCCAUGACAAUACCAGAUGAGAAUUGUAUUAAUCCAACAAUUGAACGAAUGAGAGUUAGAGAAAGCAAUAAUUUGAUUGAUUUGUUAAAUGAGAGUUUCCCAAUAUUUCAAGAACUAACAACUUUACAAAAAAAGCAGGUGUGGAUUGGUGAAUCUCAAAGAAUAUUACAGGCAAGCAUUGGUAACUUUUCUCUUUGUGAUUUAUAUAAUAUUAAGGGAGUUAUUGCUAAAAGAGAGCAAGCUAAUUUUGAGGAAAUAUGUCGUAAUGAUAAAUUAUCUGCUUUUGUUGAAGUGGAAAAUAGUCCUAAUCAAUAUGGAGGGAUUAUAGGUACUGCCGAUGAUGAACGAGAAGCAGAUAUAGAGGAGGAACUAGAUGAUGAUGAGGAAGAAGUAAAUAGCAUUCAAGUUGAAAAAGUGAAACAGCUAUCUCCACAACAACAACAAGAACAGAAAAUACGACUAAAACUGAACCUGAACCUGAAUCUGAAUCUGGGUCAAGUACAAUCAAACACGCAACUGAUUCCUGCUAAUUUUCAAAAUUCUUCACGCAUUCCUGCUGAAUCAUACAUUCAUGAGAUUGAUGAAGUUCAAAAUAAUAAUUUUGAUGAUUUUGGAACAUCUUUUGAUAAAUUCUAUUAG